GGUGUGGACAUUGUCAUGAACCACCACUUGCAGGAAACCAGCUUCACAAAAGAGGCCUACAAGAAGUACAUCAAAGACUACAUGAAAUCAAUCAAAGGCAAACUUGAAGAACAAAGACCAGAAAGAGUAAAACCAUUUAUGACAGGGGCUGCAGAACAAAUCAAGCACAUCCUUGCUAAUUUCAAAAACUAUCAGUUCUUUAUUGGUGCAAACAUGAAUCCAGACGGCAUGGUUGCUCUCCUGGACUACCGUGAGGAUGGU